UCAGCUGACGGGGUGAGUUAUGUGUGUGAGAACGCUCUGGCACAGCACAUAGAUUUCUUCAUAUGCCAUAAUUAAUUUUUCAACCUCAUGACAUUACUUUCGAGUGACUUUAGGUAGAGAAGAAUGCAAAGCUGGAGAGCUGACAACAGUAUGGCUGUGAUCCUGUGGUUGAUGGGUUUCUCACUACUGAUGCAGGGAUGUUUGUGCAGUCCUGAGCAGACGGGCUGCAUGAAAUGGACACAAAAAGAAGGGAAUGUUUGCUGUGAUCUCUGUCAUCCCGGAAACCGCCUGGUCCAAGAUUGUGGUCGAAACCCAAAAGAUCUUUGUACUCCAUGUGAGCCCAAUACAUUUACAGUGAAGCCUAAAGACUACAGGUGUUACAGGUGUACACAGUGUGUAGGUGCUCUUGUCCUUGUGGAAGAGUGCACAGCCACAAAAGACACAAAGUGUGGCUGUAAAGAAGGACUCGUCUGUGGCAAUGGCCAAUGUUCCUUCUGUGUUAAGGAGUGUGGCAAAGGUCACGAACCUGCAGAGAAUCGUUUUUGCAGACCAUGUCCAGAUGGAACCUUCAAUGACCAAAUUCACCAGAAGUGUAAACCCCGGAGUACCAAGUGUCCUAACCCAGAUCAAAAGAUUGAGGCCUUUGGAGAUGCAUUCACGGACAUUAAGUGUACUAAUGUUUCAGUUUCCACAGUGAAAAAUCCAAAGCAACCAGAUUACACAGAACAGCCAUGGCCAUUUGUCUUAUCUGUGGUCACCAGCGUAGUCCUGAUGGGCUUUAGCAUCAUCAUCAUCAUCAUCGUGGUCGUGAAAGUCCUACGGAAAAGAAAAGAAAAGGGGCCAAAAAAGCCACAAAUCCCCAAAACCCCCAUAAUAAGAACCCCUACAGAUGACCCUGCAACAUUAAUAGCAAUUGAGUGCAGUUUCCACGAGGCGCAGCAAGAGCAGGGCAGCAGCUCAGAGUCGCUUGCCUCAAAGGACUCCUCAGAACAGCUCAUUGCAUGAAUGGAAGCGGACUGGGCUAGACUGUCACAAUGAAAUAUCUGCAAAGGUUUUGUUAAAUUCAGUGAAAGGAAACAGGAUAUUCCUGAAUAAGAUGUGGUCCUUCUUUGUGACUCUGAGCCAAAAGUUUGGAGAAUGCCUUUUCUCUUUGGAUUAUCUAAAUGAAGGAAAUGUAACAGUGUUCACCCAGCUGUCUUUUAAACACCCUCUUUUUCACUUAUCAGACUAACCAAAGCUAUUGCGAAAUUCCUGAAGGGUCAACCUAGAAGUAACAUUUGCUUUACAAUUACACCAGGAUACAAUUGUAUGAAUCUUUUGAUGAAUCAGCAAAUAUUCUCACAGGGGGUGAAGGGGAAUUCUGAGAGAAAAAACAAAUUGGAUUUACAAAGUCUAUUCAUCAUGUAAAUCAUGACAGUGAUGCUGUGUUUUUUCCCCUUCCAGUUAAGCUUGAAAGUCAGUAGUCCUAAAAUAGCUGUGGGAUGUUUCAAAUUAAAGAUGGAUUGAAUGGUAGAACAUACAUUAAAUUCAUAGCCUUUAGAAACCUAUUUUUCUUUUAAACUACUUUCAAACAAACUAGAUGGACUUGAGUCAGUGGACUGUGUAAGAUAAUACUGUUUAAAUGAGUGUGAAUGACUACUUAAAUAUUUGCAUGUCUGUGCUGUAUGAAUGUACAGUGAAGAUGGGUGUUCCGGUGUAAAAACGCCUAAGGCUGAGCCCACAUAUGCCUCCCGAAAUAGAUUAUUCGUUUUACUCAGGCUCCAAUGCCAAACCUAGUUACUCACUGUUUACUGCUAAAUAUGUACAUUUAUGACCAUGUUUAUGUUCAGGCAGCCAAACUAGAACAGUGCUGUCUCGGUCAUGAUUAUUAUAUGGUGAUGCGUGAUUUAUAAUAAUGUUACUUUUUGUCUGUUUUAUUAUGUUUAUAAUAUAAACUCGUCUAUGUGGUCUACUUUGUUUGAUAAAUUGUUAAGAUAAUAGUGCACAGAACACAAUAGCUUUGUGUACUAUUCUAAACAAAGCUAUCAAGUUGAAAACAGCUUCUUUACCAGGAACUAAACGGACUUUCCUACUGUAGAUUUUUUGGUGUCAGAAAGUCCAGUGAAGGGGAUUCCCCUGUUUGUCAAUAGGUAAUCCUACAACACCCCUUAAGUAAAGCACCAGGGAGUCUACAGUACAGUACAGUAAAUUACUGCAGUACUGUACCUUGGCCUUUUGUUAUGAGGCAAAGAUUUGGUUAGAACACUUCCUGAGCAAGCCAGUGCAUGUCUCUUGAGCAAGAGCACAGUUGGUAUCCCUAGAUGGAAUCUCAGAAAAUGUGAUUAGUCAGUCAGAUCAGCCAGUGACAAGUGAGAUUCCUAUCAAGUGUGUAACUGUAGUAUAUCCUCGGGUCAAAUGUGACACACACACAGCAAAUACAUGAGUUACAGAAGAUAUCAACAUGAGGUGUGAGGGUUAUGUGGAAACCACCACAGUCAGUCCUGUAAUCAUUACUUUUGCUUAUCUUUAUACACCAUGAAGUGGGCAGUGAAAUCAGACCAAGUGGAACAUUUUUCAGAAACAUGUCUUUUCUCAACUGUAGCGGGCGUACCUUUUUUCUGAAGUGGAACAUUUGAGAAAUGUGCUGUGUGGGCUUAGGGUGAAAAUGUUAGCCCACACUAUAGUAACGUAUCAGUGCGUCAUAACUCGAGUAAAGUGAUGUCUGCUAGACCACAAAGUUCAGAGGUGAAGAUCUACCACAGUACCAUGACGUUUUCAUUUCACUGUAGCACUUUACUUCAGCUGUCAACUGUUGAUUAACAUUAUGCACUUUGUACUUUUAUAACUUUUUAAACAAUAAAAACUGGAAUUUAUUUUUAUUUGUUUCACUUUCAGACAGAACAAUUGCAAUAAUAGUGGUCCACCUAAGCAGUGGCACAUUUCAUUUGUAAAAAAAAAAAAACAAACCAAAAAAACAACAAAAAGUGUUUUAAACAUGGUCGUAAUAUGAACAUAAAAACAAACAGAAACUGAGACCAAUAAAUGUUUAUGUGUG